UUUUGUCGGAUAAGUUAAGCGGGGAGGGAGCUGCGAAGGCUAGCGAAUGAAUGUCGAUAGUGCCAGGGUCACCUUCAAGCGAUUGUGAACUUAGGUUAUACUCGCGUUGUCCGUCGGCAUUCGGCAUAACAUUCACGCUCUACUUAUAACAAUACUGUAGCACCCAAUAGUCAGUAUGAGUGGUGAACCUCAAGCAAAGCGCACCAAAAUGAGCGCCCUUGACCAGCUGAAGCAGGUAUCUACGGUGGUCGCCGACACCGGGGACUUUGAAGCCAUGAAGGCGUACAAGCCCACAGAUGCCACCACCAACCCCAGCCUGAUCCUGUCGGCUGCUGCGAUGGAGCAAUACCAGCACAUUCUGGAUAAGGCCAUCAAGCACGGCAAGGAAACUGGCAGCACCAUUGAGGAGCAAGUGAGCGAGACACUGGACAUGCUGAGUGUACUCUUCGGAUGUGAGAUCCUGAAAAUCAUCCCUGGCCGAGUCUCCGUGGAAGUUGAUGCCAGACUGUCGUUUGACAAGGAAGCCAGCAUUGCGAAGGCCAUCAAGCUCAUCAACGCUUUCUCCGAGUAUGGCAUCAAGAAGGAGAGGAUCCUCAUCAAGCUGGCAUCCACCUGGGAGGGCAUCCAAGCUGCCAAGGAACUGGAGAAGAAACACGGCAUCCACUGCAACUUGACUCUGUUGUUCUCCCUGUACCAAGCCAUCGCGUGCGCGGAGGCUCACGUCACACUCAUCUCCCCGUUCGUCGGUAGGAUCCUCGACUGGUAUGUGGAGCACACAAAGAAGACAUACGAGGCUAAGGAGGACCCCGGCGUGUUGUCAGUCACCCGCAUCUUCAACUACUACAAGAAGUUCGGUUACAACACACAGGUGAUGGGCGCGUCGUUCCGCAACACGGGCGAGAUCCGCGAGCUGGCGGGCUGCGACCUGCUCACCAUCAGCCCCAAGCUGCUGCAGGAGCUCGCCGCCAGCGACCAGCCGCUCCCAAAGGUGCUGGACGCAAAAACCGCAGCUCAGAGCGAUAUCGAAAAGGUGUCCCUAACGGAGGCCCAGUUCCGCUGGCACAUGAACGAAGACCAGAUGGCCACGGAUAAACUGUCCGAUGGCAUCAGGAAGUUUGCCGCUGACACUAGGAAGCUUGAGACCCUCAUCCGCAGCCUGCUUGCCAAGAAGUGAAUCCCUUCUGGAUCGUGAUAAGUAGAACUUUCGUAAUUAUACAACAUACAGUUACAUGGGCCUAGAAACGGUUAUGUAAACAAAUUGCCUUGAUUGAUGCUUCGCCUUAACUGCCUUCACUGCCUCAAUUCAUUAUUCGUGACAAAAUAAUGUGCGAUAUUUUGUCAAUAAACUGUUUUGGACAGGAUUUCUCAAAAUAUACCUACAAAUGAAUGGUCUCAGAAAUCGAAUAAUCUAAAAUAUCGAAAUAAUAUUAUUCCCCAUUUUUAAGUUGGGUAUAUCUAAAGUAUGUAGUGGUUUACGGUUUGUACUAGUGCUGCGCUCUGGCGUCAGAAAUUGCAAUUAUAUACCUAGGUUUCAAGAAUGUCUAUUCUAUAUAAUAAUCCUCAAGGCUCAAAGUUAGUUCAAAAUAUAUUGAUUUACUUGUACAUUAUUAGUAUAAACAUAUUUUAUACAGUACUAUUAUAUGUUUUCUACUGUAUGUUACAUAAGAAAAAUUACGAAGUUAUACUUAUUUUAUUCACUCUUUACAUAACUACACGAGUUUUUUCCUACAUACAUGUUGUUAAAUAUUUAAAAAGGAUUUACUAUAAUUGUUUUUUGAAAAUUGUUUACAUAAUUUGAAAUUACUUUUAUAGGUUUGUUGAUUUAAGCGUAAAUAUAUUUUACGGUUUAAUUGUGUUUAUAUCAAAUCAAGUACAAAAUUGGGACCAUAAACCUAAUACACAACUGUACAUUCCUAUAUUUUUCUAAAACACUGUUGGGUUAUUGUUGUAACGAAAUAAAUCAGGUGAUUUGUAA